AAACAUGCCGUCUGGGAUGAAAUCGUACUACAACUCCCAAAAUGCGAAGGAACUAUCACGCGGCACGGGAACGCCCCCGUGAGGCUCUUUCAGGUCACAUGACCAUCACGGAUGUUGCUUCCGUAAAUAUCAGGCUGAAAUGCUUCAAUUCGGACAAAUGUGAACUCCCAGAGAAGCAUUAACCAUAUAGUACCAACAAUCUGUGAAAAUGGAAGAAAGAAAAACUAAGAGAAGGAGUCCCAAAUCAUCCACUUCUCAUGUCACUCAAGUGGUCAACAAUAAGAAAAAUUCUGUGCCUCCUAGCAAAAGUACAGUGUUUUCAAACCCUGCACCACAGCCACCUUCACAGAAACCAAAGUUUAAAAGGGGCAUGAAAGAGAAAGCCAAAGCACCAGGAGCAGAAAGCAAAGGAGCACAGUCUGCUCCAAUCCAGCACUCAUUUCUCACUGAUGUAUCAGAUGUUCAGGAGAUGGAGAAAGGACUUCUGAGUCUUCUGAAUGACUUCCACUCUGGCAAACUUCAAGCAUUUGGAAAUGAAUGUUCCAUAGAGCAAAUGGAACAUGUAAGAGGAAUGCAGGAGAAGCUGGCCCGCUUGAAUCUAGAGCUUUAUGGGGAGUUGGAAGAACUUCCUGAAGAUAAGAGAAAAGUAGCUAGUGACUCCAAUCUUGAUAGACUGCUGUCAGAUCUGGAAGAACUGAAUUCCUCUAUACAAAAACUUCAUUUAGCAGAUGUUCAAGAUGUUCCGAAUACCAGCACAAGCUAAAAUGCACCUUGUCUUUGUGUGUCGGAAACCCAGGGUGUCUUAUUUCAUUUCCAGUGGACUCUCUUUCUUGCUUCUGCAGCAAAGUAUUUAUAUGCAAGUGAACAUAUUCACACAUUCCUCUUAGCAGAUGCGAGUUCUGCAUAUCUGUCAGGGUUGGAAUCUAGGGCACAGGAUGACCAUGUCUUGCUGCUAUGCUUUGUAUUACUGCCUUAUCGACCGUGAAGUGUUUGAAAAACUUGAAAAUGCAUUUUUAUGCUGAGUGUUCGGAUGAUUUUGAGUUCUAUAUAAGUAUGAUUUUUAAUAUAAUAUGUUCAACUUUGAUUAAAUUAAUAAUGGAGCAUGGUGUUCCUGUUGCUUUCCCACGGUGCAGACAAUCAGCCGAGACGUUCCUGUGUUUCUUUUUGCGGGUGAUGCUGUUAAAUGAGUGUUUAAUUUAUUUCGGCAAUAAAAUGAUUCUAAAGAUU